GGCGGGGCCACGUUUUACCGCCCGGCCUCCAUCUUGGCGCCUCCAGCUUGACGCAGCGGAGCCUCAAACGGAGGCAGAGCGGAUCAAUCUGCAGCUUCGGCGGCUGAUUGGGAUCAUGCGGCAGCGCUGAGCGCCGUGUCGAAAUUCUGCCCCUCGUUUCCCGUCUGAGUCCAACAGCCGAGGUGCCGUCAGUUUCCAGGCGUCGGACCGGUCCUGACCCGAAUGAGCCGCCUCGGGGGUCCGGCCUAACUCCUGGUUCUCCUUCACCUCCUCCCUCCUUUCCCUUCCCUCCCCUUCCUCCUCCCUCCCUUCGUCCCGGUUCUGGGUCCAGGCCCGGUCCAGUGUUCUGAUUGGCUGCCCCGGACCUCGCCACCCACAGGUGGAUGAAUGAAGACGCCAUUUAAGAGCCCAGCGGCCCCGCGGCCCCGACCAGACGGAGGACAUUCAGGCGUCUCUGCAAACAUGAUGAAGAAGAAGAACCCUCACAAGAAGCAGAGGACCAGCGUCGGACCCAGUAAGACGCUGGUUCCGCCCAGACGGAACAUCGUUGGCUGCCGGAUCCAGCACAUCUGGAAGGAGGGCAGUAAAUCGUCCCAGUGGAAAGGCGCCGUUCUGGACCAGGUUCCGGUCAACCCGUCUCUCUACCUGAUCAAGUACGACGGCUUCGACUGCGUCUACGGCCUGGAGCUGUACACCGACGAGCGGGUGGUGGGGCUGGAGGUUCUGCCCGACAGAGUGGCCCCGGCCCGGGUGAGCGACUCGCUGCUGGCGGAGACGAUGAUCGGGAAGGCGGUGGAGCACAUGUUCGAGACGGAGGAGGGUCCGAAGGAGGAGUGGCGGGGGAUGGUUCUGGCCCGGGCCCCCAUCAUGACCUCCUGGUUCUACAUCACCUACGAGAAGGACCCGGUUCUGUACAUGUACCAGCUGCUGGACGACUACAAGGAGGGCGACCUGCGCAUCAUGCCCGACUCCAACGAGGGCGUGGCGGCGGAGCGGGAGCCGGGCGAGGUGGUGGACAGCCUGGUGGGGAAGCAGGUGGAGUACGCCAAGGAGGACGGAGGCAAGCGGUCGGGGAUGGUGAUCCACCAGGUGGAGGCCAAGCCCUCCGUCUACUUCAUCAAGUUCGACGACGACUUCCACAUCUACGUCUACGACCUGGUCAAGACCUCCUAAGACCCGCCGGGCCUCCAGAACCGCCGCCGGGCCGGGGGAGGGGGGGCGGCUCCACCAUCCCGCUGGAACCCGGGUCGGCCUUCCAGAACCUCACGGUCCAGAUAUCCAAACAGAUCCUCCGCCUGGAGACCCUGCGGACAGAACCCUGCGGACAGAACCCCUCGGCCCGUCUCCUGAAGCCACGGCGGGCCGUCGGUUCUGAGCACGUCAGGGUUAAUGACGGGACGGGCCGGGAGCGGGUCCGCUUCAGGAGAACCGGCUCCGCUGUUCGCCGGGUCGUCUGGGUCUCCAGCUGCAGGGGUUCUGUCCGCAUAUUCGGGCCGAGCCGAGUGCUGAAGUUCUGCAGGUUCUGCAGGUUCCAGCGUGAAUACAUUUGUGCCAAAAAAAAAAAAAAUUUCUGGUGUUCCCCUCCAGCGGUUCUGGACCAGCCCGGGCCCGUCUCCCGGGUCCACCCUCAUUGGACUUUCACACGUCGCCUCCAGCAGCCGCUCCGCCACCAGAACUUGGUAUCGGUACCGGAUAACGGGGGGUUCUGGACCCUUUUUUUCAGGAUCUGGUUCUGAAGGCUGGACUGAGGACGGUUACGAACGCUCUGGUUCUGAUUCUUGAUCCUGUGACCGGAUCCUGGGGUUCCUGCCAGGUUCUGUUGAUCCGGCGCUGAUCCGGAGUUGCUCUGUUUACUCUGAACUUCACCGGUUCUUCCAUGUCUGGUCCGCUGGCUGCAGGAUGCUGCUGGUUCUGAAGGUGGUUUAUGGGUCCGGUUCUGCUGCUGUGACGCUCGGUCCGGUCCGCUCUUUUCUCCGUUUGUCUUUCAUUUCCAGAACCGGCGACUGAAGCGUCGGCGUUGCCUGAGCCGCAUCUCGUGCCUCGACCCGGAACAUUCCUGCGGCCCGACCCACAGCGGUUCUGGCGCUCCCGUUUCUGCUUUUCUUACCUGUGAACUUUGUGUGGGAACCGGUUCUGGUUCUGGUUUCCUGACCUGACCAAUGGACGGGUCCGGUUCUGAGGCUGAAAAGUUUAAUGUAAAGAAAAAGAUCCUCUGUAGUUGAAUAAAAGCCCAGAUGGCGCUGAUCGGGUCCGCUUUCUAACAGAACUCAGCUGAGGCUAAAAACGGGUCAGAACAAAUUUAAGUUGCAGCUGAAACGUCUAAGAAUUGGUUUUCUGUUUAUUUUCAGAUGUCCGGUUCUGGUUCUGGUUCUGGAGCGUAGACGUCAGGUUCCAGAACCGACUCGUCGUGUUUAACGUUAAUUUUCUUUUAGCGCACAUCGCAGCGAUUAGCGUCAGGAUGUUCUCUCGGUUCUGUCUGCGACCCACGGCGGGACGGCCCUGCGUCCGGUUCUGGUUCUGGAAAACGCAGUAAUUCAGAACCCUAACAACGCUGCGUUGGCGCGUAAACGAGCGCUAACAGAACCAGGUGUCGGCCCGGCGGGUCCCAGGGUUGGUAGUUUAACUCCAGCGUCCUGAUCUAAUCCGGCUUUUUUUUUUUGGACCCUCAAACAUCCGGUUCCUGGGUUCUGACCCGGUGUGUUUUACUGCCUCAGCUUUUAGCUUAAAUCUCCAUAAAUUACGUGAUAAUAACUGAUAAUCCUAAAUGAUCUGGGUCUGGUUCUGGACUCUGACGGCGUCUGCUGAGGGACUAGAACGCCGUCAUUUUAAUUUCUAAGCUUCAGACUCUAGAGCUUGUUGUGCAAUCAAAGUGCUCGUGGUGUCUUGUUUUGUAUUUCUAGAACAAAUCGCCGCUGACAUGUUUUUCUAGAGUACGGCCAAAAAAUCUACAUCAGGAACACGGAGAGCUGCAGAGGGGCGACGAUUAAUGGCUGAAACUUUGUGAUCAGAACAUUUUUUUUAAACACUGAACGUUUAAUUCGUCUGGAUAUUCUAGAAGAAUCAUUUAUGUUCUGUUUAAGCAAACGUAACAUCGUUAAUCAUGGAUCUCCCGUUACGACGAGUCCUGCAGCUCUGGACCCGCAGAAACCGUUUAAAUCCUGUUCGGGUCAGACCGGGUCAGGCCUCUCCAGCUUCACAUCCAGAGACUCUGGUUCUGAUCUUGAACUCGUUAUCGGCUCUGACGCGUUUCCCGGGUUUAAAUCAUUCGUUCUUACUGUAAAGUAGCCGGCGCUGCGCAGAAAAGAGGAUUUCACUGGUGGACCCGGGUCAGCUGGUGUCUGUGGGUCCAGCCGGGUCGGUUUGGUGUCUGUGGGUCCAGCCGGGUCGGUUUGGUGUCUGUGGGUCCAGCCGGGUCGGGUCGUGUUAUUUUCCCGCUAACGUUGCGUCUCUGGUGCGUUACGCUCCGCCUCUGUCCAGCUGGUGUAACUGCAUGCUGAUUAUAUUUCUGUGUAAACUGACGUGCUGCAUGUUUGUGGUCUUAAGUUGUUCCGUUGAUGCCUGUCUGUCGUGGCUUUUGGUGCCUCUUGUUUUUAUGUUUCCUGCUUUAUUUUGUACCCCCCCCCCCCAUCCCCCCCCCGGUGGGAGCGCUCAUGGGUUGUUGGAUGGAGGAGAAAUGAGACUCAUCCCCCGACGAACAGCAGAGACAGUUUAGCAGGUGAACUUGUGAAGAUGCUGCAGCGGCGAUGACGGCUGUGAACGUCUCAGAGCGCCGACCUCAGACGCCAGUGUUGUACAGCGGUGUAGAUCUCACACUAUUUACAGGAAUAAAACCGUUUUUCAUACA